AUGGCUCCCCGCAAACAGCACAGCCUCCUCUCCAUCCUGGCCAUCUUCCUCCUCACCACCCUCGCAACGCCCUUCCCCUUCAUCCCCCCACCAGCCCGGCGUUCCACAACGCCGACACUACCAUCAUCCACCCUGCCACAGCCCGCCACAGGCCUCAAGCUCAAAUACAUCGCCCUGGGCAUCGGGACGCAGAACUACACGUGCGCCUCCAGCGCCGACAACACCAAGCGCACCACCAGCACGCCCUCGUCGGCCGGCGCCCUCGCAACCCUCUACGACAUCACGCCCCUCCUCCUUACCCCCUACGGCACUUCGCUCGCCCCCGCCCUCGCCCCCCUAGCGCUCGCCCUCUUCGGCCUCGACCACCUCGCCCCCGCCUCCUCCCCCGACGCCGUCUGGCAGCGCCUGAUUGCGCAGCUGCUGCUACCCACAGACAUGCAACCCUCGCGCCUUGGGACGCACUAUUUUGGCGCGUAUGGCGGGGCGGGGGGGACGAGCCCGAUGUGGGCGCUUGAUGGUGCUGGUGCUGGGGGGGAGGGGGACGGGGUCUUGUUUGUGGGGGUUAAGGAGGGGAGCGCAACGGCGCCGGUGGGUGCGUGUAAGGGGUUGGGCGGGGAGGGGGCCGUCGAUUGGCUGUUUCUUGGGGAGGCGGAGGCGGAGAAGGCGAGUGAUGCGAGCCAGAGUAAGGGGGAACAAAAAACGCAGAAGCGCGCCCAGGCCCAGACCAGCGACGGCGGCAUCAGAGCCGUAUACCGCGUCGAGACGGCCGGCGGGAUGCAGCCUGCCUCGUGCGAGGGCGUCGAGGACGGCGCUUUCGAGGUCGCGUAUGCGGCGCAGUAUUGGUUUUAUGGCGUUGAUGAGGAGGGGGAGAAGACGUGUUGA